AAAGAGAGAGAGAGAGAGAGAACGAGAGCGAAAGAGGGAAAGGGAGUGAGACCGAAAAAGAACGCUGAGAGCACAACUAAACACGAUCAGCUGCUGCUGACAGCAAUCAAAUAUUACGGCUAAAACCCUUUUUAUUUAUUUAUUUUUACUGUCCGCACAUAGAGAGGAAUAGACGGCAGGCUGCCGGUGCAACUCUCUCAUUUCAGAUGAGAAAAUACAUGCGCAAAUAGAGGAAGAGAGGCAAGGAUACAUAAAUAAGUGGCUUAUUUUCUGUUUUACCAUGGCGUAUCCUCAGGGCUACUUGUAUCAGCCGUCAGCCUCUCUGGCACUGUAUUCGUGUCCAGCGUACAGCGCUAGCGUGAUAUCGGGACCAAGGACCGAGGAAAUUGGGAGAUCUUCGUCUGGGUCUGCUUUUGCCCCAUAUGCUGGAUCUACAGCGUUCACGAGCCCCUCGCCUGGGUUUAACUCCACUCUCCAAUACACCACGGAUCCGGCGGCAUCAACAUUCACUUCGUAUGUUGGCUCUCCAUACGAACAUGCGACUGGAAUGGCUGGGUCUUUAGGAUAUCACCCCUAUGCAGCCCCCUUGGGUUCAUAUCCCUACGGGGACCCUGCGUACCGCAAAAAUGCUACACGGGAUGCUACUGCGACCCUCAAGGCCUGGCUUAACGAGCACCGUAAAAACCCGUACCCUACAAAGGGCGAGAAAAUCAUGCUGGCCAUCAUCACCAAAAUGACCCUGACACAAGUGUCCACCUGGUUCGCCAACGCCAGGAGAAGGCUAAAGAAGGAGAACAAAAUGACUUGGACCCCAAGAAACAGGAGUGAAGAUGAAGAGGAGGAUGAAAACAUUGACUUAGAGAAAAACGACGAUGAAGAACACAAGCCGACCGGAAAGGAAGAUUUGACAGACACGGAAUUAGAACAAAAAUUAAACCAAGGAGAAGUUACAUGUGAUCGAUUUAAAGAGGAGGAUUCCGGGAAAGAGACAGAUCCCAUUUUGACUGAAUCGGAAUUAAGAGAGCAAGAUCAUCGGACAGAAACGCUGGCCUUAUCUCCGAAACCAACCACCUCUUCUCCAAAUUUGCCACGAGGAACACCGAUUGCUGUGCAAGAGAAGUCACCCGAAACGGUGCACGCAUCCAGCACAUUGAACGGAGGCAGCAAUGUUACGUCUGUGAUUCACUCGCCUCCAUCUGCUCCCAAGCCUAAACUUUGGUCUCUCGCGGAGAUAGCAACUUCGUCGGACAGAUGCAAGGGUAACAGCGAGCUACCGCAGACCCCGGGAACGGGUCAAAGCGGAGUCAUCGCAGCCAACGAAUCUUCUGCAUCUCGAUCAUCCCCGCAUUGCCCUUUUCCAAGCAGCACGGUCCUGUCCAGACCCAUUUACUACACAUCACCAUUUUACCCAGGUUACACGAACUACGGGACUUUUGGGCAUCUGCACAGCGGCCAUGGAGCCAGCACGGGGUCCACCACACAAUUCAAUGGAUUAAACCAGACUGUAUUAAAUAGAGCAGAUGCUCUAGUUAGGGAAAGCAAAUUAAGGAGCCAAACACAAGUAGAUUUUUGUAAAGACUCCUCUUAUGAACUAAAGAAAGGUAUGUCAAACAUUUAAUACUGACUUCUUCUCCGAUCACAGGACAUUUAUUUAUUAUUGGCUGUUGACAGAAAGGUCAUUAUUAAUAAUAAGAACAAUAAUAAUGACAAUAAACUCAUGGAGAAAAUGUCACAUUCAUCGAGAAAAUGGCCAUUCAAAAAAUGUGAAUGGCCAAUUCAAGGGUGUAAUCCGAAGAAUUGUCUUUAACGUUGCAGACACGAGAGACUAUUUGUAUUGAAACUAAUGUGUAUAUUUAAUUUACCCGUUUUGUAUUUUAAAUGGACAGUACGCUAUCUUUGGAGUUAAUUAUGAAAAUACAGUUGUACAGUACUUUUUGGAUAAAUAUAUAAGUGCUUAUGUCCAAAGUGCUUCAUAGUUAAAAAUAAUAAUAAUUUAUAUAUUUUGA